AUGGACAGCGCCGGCGAUCUAUCCGCCAAAGGUGGUGCUGGGGCCAGCGGGGGGCUGCUUGGGAGGAAGCUUGCGGCCUGCCGAACAUCACGGUGCCAAACUCCUUCCAGUCCGCGCAGGAGUACGCCAGGGGUGCUCCCGAUACGGUUGACGGACUCACCCAAUGUAACGUCUGGCCGUUCCGACCUCAAGCUGACGGAUGUGCACCCGGAAUUUGGCGCGCUGGGCGCCGGGAAGCCAGUCAAGGAUAAGGGUGGGGGUAGCCCCCAGAACUUCACCGAGCACGAGCUGGUGAUGUUCAUGGUGGAGCCGGAUGCCGUGAAGAAGGCCAUCGGCGGAAAGGGUGCACGGGACCGUGCCAUGUACAUUAUGUCGCUCGGAUCCCUGAGGCCCACGUUGAGGGAGUACGACUCCGUCACGGGGCUAGGCAGGGUCAUGCUUAGGGCCAACCUACUCACGGGGAAGCCUGGCGGGUCUACGGGAAACCUGGUGGACAACCUCGGGCUGCCUUUCGUCCAGUGGCUCGAAAACAAAUUCAACUCGUCUCAGAAGAAGGCCAUUGAAGAAGGCGCUAACAGCCAGGGCUUCACGCUCAUCAAGGGUCCUCCAGGAACGGGCAAGACGACGACGUUGAAGGCCCUUCUCAACGCGCUUCAUCAGCGCGAGUAUAACCGGUACUAUGACAAGCUGCUACAGCUCGCUAGGGUAUCUCCUGAAGAGACUCCUGCCGCGUGGGAGCGACUGAAGAACUUUGCCCCGCACAUCUUGGUGACGGCUCCUUCAAACGUGGCAGUGGACAACAUCGUUUCCCGCAUCCUCGAAGAGGGGUUUCUAGAUGGCAACACAAACCGGUACAACCCUUCCAUGGCUCGCGUUGGGACGGGCAACAUCGGCAGCCAGGUGCAUGCCGUCCACCUCCAGUCGCAAGUGAGAGCGGCGCUGGGGCAGACAGUGCAGGAGCUGAGCGAUCGUCUGGCGAGGGUGAGCAUGAGGAUGAUGGAGCUCCGCGAGAUGAUCGGCAGGUCGCUCGAACUGCUGAGGGUUCUCAUCAAGGGGGUCGAGCAUGAGGUUCCCCGUGGUUGGGAGGCUAGGGUGGACCGGAACACCUUCACUGUGUUCUUCGUAAACCACGACAAUCAGACGACCAGCCUCCAGCCUCCCGAGCGGCCUGCUCCGGACAGCGGCGUCGAGACUGUGGCUGUGGAAUCCAUGCCCGAAUACACGGUACGCACCGCAGAGAGCAAGAAUCAGACGUACGCGUUCCACCUGACGAGAGAUCUGGAGGAGUACGAGCGCCUCAACAAGGAGCACAAACGCCUAACGUUUGCUGCCCGUGCCAAGACGGAAACACGGGAGCACUCGGUGCGGCAAAGCCUGGAAGUCACCCUUCUGGACGAGGCGCACCUGGUGUUCAGCACGCUCAACUCGUCAGGGCUACCGUGCAUGGACCAGACAUCUCCGUUCGAGGUUCUGGUGGUGGAUGAGGCCGCGCAAUCGGUGGAGGUCUCCACAAUCAUCCCCCUUCGGCUGGGUUGCAGGCACUGCGUCCUGGUGGGUGACCCCAACCAGCUGCCGGCGACGGUGUUCUCUCAGGGUGGAAAGUUGUCCCAGUACGACCGAAGCCUUUUCCAAAGGCUGGAAGCCAACGACCACCCCGUGCAAAUGCUGGACGUGCAGUACCGCAUGCACCCCACCAUCUCUGCGUUUCCCAGCGCAACGUUCUACGACGGCAAGCUCAAGGACGGUGGGAACGUCAGCAUGCCGGCUUACUCCCGUGCCUUCCACACGCACCCGAUCUUCCAGCCGUUCAUGUUCUUCGACCUCACUACGGGGGAACAGACGAGGAGGGGAGGGGGCGGCUCUCUCAGCAACCCCAUGGAGGCCAUGCUCGCGGUCAACGUGUACGUGACGCUCAAGCGGUCCUUCGGCGGCGUCGGCGAGAGGGGUUCCGGGGACGAGCACGGCAUCGCGGGGAGGGUCGGCGUGAUAUCGCCGUACGCGAAGCAGAUCAAGGUCCUCAAGGAGAAGUUUGAGGAAAGCCUAGGGCGCGGGUGGCACGAACAGGUGGAGAUCAGCACCGUGGACGCCUUCCAGGGGAGGGAGAAGGACGUGAUCAUCGUAUCCACCGUCCGAGCAGCAGGGUCUCGAGGCAUCGGUUUCCUCGCCGAUGUGCGGCGGAUGAACGUCGCCCUCACGCGCGCCAGACACGGCCUCUUCGUGGUCGGCUCCGCCGAGGCGCUCUCCGUAAACCCCAAGUGGAAGGAGCUCGCCGACCUGGCCGAGAGCAGGGAGGGGCUCGUCAAGGUCACAGACCCGAGGGGAGGGGCGGGGGCAGGCGAUGGGGGGCGUGGUCCGGUAGGAGGGCCCCGGGGUGGAAAUGGGAGGCAGGCAAUCUCGCCGCCGCCGGCUGUGGAAGCUUCUGGCAGCGGUGGUGGAGGCGUUCUGACGACGGCGCUUCCUCUCCCGUCAUCCGGCGGAGGCUCGCUGCUGCUCCCGCUGCAGGGAAGCGCGCCAGGAGCUGCCGUCGUCAGCGGUGGUGGUGUCGGUGGUAUGGCGACGGCGGGCACGCAGCAGCAGCAGCAUCCUCUCCCGCCGCCGCUGAGGACGGACCGUGCUGUCAUGCUCCCGUUCAAUGGGGCGGCGGCAGCCGCGGCGCCGACCGUGUCGCCAGACUCAGAGAGCAAAGGAGCGGCCUCGGAAGUAGGGGGAUCGGGGACCGUGUUUUUGCCCCGAUCUCCGCGGAGUUCUCCUGCGGCUGGGGAGAGGAGUGGAUAUGCCGCCGGGACGAGGGUGAUGGUGGAUGCUCGUGGCCCCGAAUCGGAGAAGCGUAUGUCACCGCCACCGGUAGUGCCUGCGGCCGUGGCGGCAACAGUGGCGCGAAGCUCGCCUCCUCCCGAAGCGCCACGCUCGCCUCCACCCCUAGACCCGAGGAAAAGGGAGAGGGGGAUUGCGACGGCGGUGGCUGGUGCUGGCAUCGGGGGCGGUGAAGGGGCGGCGGUAGUGGCGGGCGGCGGCGCCAAUGCGGUAGUGGAAAGCGAGAUUGGCGGCAGUAGGAAGAGGUCGAGAACAGAGUACGGGGAAGGGGGGACGGAUCAGAACCAGAUUAACAACAGCAGCAGCAACGUCUUGGGCGCGGAGAACGGGGUCGGCGGCGGCGUCCUUCCGCCAGGCUUGCCCGCAACCGGCCACCCGCAGGCGCAGAUCGUCCCUCCCGGGCUUGUUGGCACCGGUGGUCUGGGCUUCGUUCCACAUCAGGCCGGUGUCGUGCCGGACAAUGCGAGUGCCCCGGUGAAUGGGCCAGGCGGGAUGGGGAUGGGUUCAUGGACGGGGGGCGGCGUGCCGCAAGGAGGUGUCCAACACCCGCCUCCAGCUGCGAUGAUUGUGCGGAGCCCCCAGGGGGGAGGGUUGGUGAUGCAAUCGCCGCCACCGCCACCGCCUCCCCCCCCGCCGCCGCCACCGCCGCCCGCGGUGAUCGUGCACGGCCACCCAACUUCGCCUGGUGUGGUGAUGAUGCAGCAGGGAGGAGGGGCGUUGCAGCACCAGCUUUCACCGGUUGCGGUGCAACAGCAGCCCCCGGCGGCGGGGUGGCUUCCUUCGAGGGCCCCGGGAUGGCAGGAGGAGUCGGCGGGUGGGAUGCCUGAUGAGAUCGAGGAAGGGGUGGAGGAGGGGGGGGAGGAAGAGGAGGAGGGGGAGGCUGAGAACGACAGCGAAGAAGAGGGGGAGAUCGUGCUUUGAGGCUUUGGCUGAAUGGUUAAUGUGAAUCGAUCGAGAUUGCUUGUGCUAUACUGUCCUGAAAACCCAGCUUGUUGCCUGGAGCCCUCUUUCAUACCUCUGACUAGAUUGACCCUCGAGGCCAGUGUUGUCUGCCUGUUCAUGAUCGGGCGAGAUUGAUCACUCGUUUCCAGUGACUGCGCUUGUUUCUUGCGCGUUCUCUUGAUCUUGUGGUGUUCCUGUAUGUUUUGUUUUGGUGACGAUUUCAGUGGUGCAGGCCAUCGAUUGAAUCGAUUGCUCGGCGCCCAGUGGCGUAGUCCAGGUGGUGUGAAUACGUAGUGCGAUUAAGUGUCAACGCACCAGACACAACGUUGAUGUGACCCUCCCCCCCCACAGGAUUGGCGUAUCUUAGCCUCGACAUGUGGUGCUCCCCAAGUCUUGGUCCAGUGGUUGUUGUUUCACUUUAUGGAAUACAACGAUCUUG